UUUAAUACUACUUGUUUUGUUUCAGUUAUCUUGUGUCCACUGAUUGCUUUUGACUCCUAAGGUAAAGAGAUUCCUCAGAUCUGCAAUGUGCUAUGGUAUUGAACUUGAGAUCAAAAGUUAUUUAAAUAAGUGAGGUUUGUUUCAAUGUGGCCAGAAGAUGUUGAAAAACAGUUCAACAUAGAAAAACCAGGAAUGGAUCAAGAUGUGUUGGAAGAAGUAACAAUCUUUGAAGAACCAGUUAUAGCUGAUUUUCAAAGACUCAUGGAGCUUACAAACUAUACAGAUAAAGGGUCAUCUCACUUAGCUCGUCUCAUGAAACAUUGGGAGUAUAAGCAAGAAAAUGCAGUUCGUCUUCUUCGAGAAGAGCUCGACAACCUUAGCAAACAAAGGGAGGAGGUUGAGCUUAUAAAGGAGGAAAGUUACGGUGGAGACCAACGUGUGGUUUUGAUAUUGGAUGAUGAUGUUCAAAACAAGAGAGUUGAAAUUGAGGCUGAGUAUGAAACUGUAGGUUACUGGAAACAUCGGGCGAUCGAUUUGGAAAGACGGUUAGAGGCGAGUAUUGGGAGAGAGGAGAUAUUAAAGGAAAAGUUGCAAGAAAAUGUAGAGACUAUUAAAAGAGAAUCCUCACCUGUGGAGGGAGUCUCACAGAUUCUUAAGAGAGAAGAAACUUUCCUACAUUUUAUACUUCAAAAUGCACCUCUUGUUAUUGGUCAUCAGGAUAAAGAGUUGCGCUAUCGUUUUCUCUAUAAUCAUUUUCCAAGUUUAAAAGAGGAGGACAUCAUCGGAAAAACGGGGGAAGAAAUUUUUUCGGGUUCGGGUGUGAAGGAAUCUGAAGAUUUUAAGAGAGAAGUAAUGGAGAAAGGAUUUCCUGCAAAAAGGGAAAUAACUUUUGAGACAAAACUAUUUGGAUCAAAGACAUUUUUGAUGUAUGUAGAACCUGUGUUUAGCAAGGCAGGAGAAACAAUUGGAGUAAACUAUAUUGGAAUGCAAGUAACAGAUCAGGUGUUAAAAAGAGAAAGAAUGGCGAAGCUAAGGGAAGAGAUUGUAGUUCAGAAAGCAAUGGAAACAGAACUUAAUAAAACCAUUCACAUCACAGAGGAGACAAUGAGAGCAAAACAAUUGCUGGCAACAAUGUCUCUAGAGAUAAGAUCUCCAAUUUCUAGUGUUGUUGACAUGGCUAAAAUUCUUACUACAACAAAACUUGAUUGGGAGCAAAAACAGGUAUUGGAUGCAAUGAUAUCUUCAGGAGAUUUGGUUCUUCAACUAAUUAAUGAUUUACUUGAUCUUUCCAAGAUUGAUCUAGGUUAGGAAUCUCCUAUAACAUUUCUUGUUAUCUUAUUCUAAUACUGCUUUUAAGAUUAAUUAACCUCUAAAUUAUUUCAACAAUUUUUUUUAUCAGUUUUUAGUCUAUAACUAUGUUAGCUUAAUUUUAUUACUGUUUGAGAUAGAUGAAAUUGCCUUGAAUCUAUGAUUGUCAUUUGUCACAUUAUAUUUUAAUAUAGAUGCAUGGUUUAUUUUAUUUAAGAGUUUGUUAUAUAGAUUAAUUACAGUUUUAAG